AUGGCCGACAUCACCGACCAGCACGACCAGACGUCGCCCACGGAGCUCGACGACGCGCACUCGGUGGGCAAUGGCAACGCGAACGAGGGCCGCGGCGUCAAGCGACCGCGCCCGGCUGCCGACGACGACGACGACGAUGACGAGAAGGGCGGCCGUGAGCGUCGCAAGAUUGAGAUCAAGUUCAUCAGCGACAAGUCUCGCCGCCAUAUUACCUUCUCCAAGCGCAAGGCGGGAAUCAUGAAGAAGGCCUACGAAUUGUCCGUCUUGACAGGCACCCAGGUUCUGCUACUGGUCGUGUCCGAGACGGGCCUGGUUUACACCUUCACCACGCCCAAGCUUCAGCCGCUCGUCACUAAGGCUGAGGGCAAGAAUUUGAUCCAGGCAUGCCUCAACGCACCUGAGCCCACGACGGGCAGCGAAAACGGUGUAGACGGCGGUGACCAGGUCGAUUCUCCUGAGGAGCCUCCCAGCCAUCUGCCACCACAGGGCGGCCGUCCAGGCAUGCCCCAAAACCCUCACAUGGGUCCCGGAGGCUACAUGCCCCCAAAUAUGCCCAUGGACCCUCAGCAGGCUUUGGCCUACCAGAGCUAUGUGCAGCGCAACCAAGGUUACGGCUCUGGCAUGCCACCGCAGCCA